GUUUCAUAAUCUUUUGGCUCAGAUCUGCUGCUGCCACACCCUGUGCUUCUCAGGAUCCCUGGGUCCUGUUGAAGUUAGCAUGUGCCUUGCCUAUAACCUAAAUUACCCUGGCUGCUAUGCAAGGUGUUACUGAAUGCAAAAUGAAUUUUCUUCCCUGCUCCUUGGGGCGAAGCUGGCUCAGAGAUUCUUAGCUGCAGGGGGAGGGGCUGGUGGGCCUGGACUGCAGUUGCACUUAUCAGCCAAGGGUUUUCUGGAUUUCAUUAAAAUUCUCUGGCUGUCUUUCGGGAUUGCUCCAUUGGAUAUGACUGCACUGGAGCUGGUCCAACUGUUCUUUCAGCCACAUACCCAUCAAAUUACAAAGCCCCUCAGGACAAGAGAAAAUUGAAGCUGUAUAAAUGAGUAUGGAAGAUUAUGAUUUCCUGUUCAAAAUUGUUUUAAUUGGCAACGCUGGUGUGGGGAAGACGUGCCUCGUCCGACGAUUCACUCAGGGUCUUUUCCCCCCAGGUCAAGGAGCCACAAUUGGAGUUGAUUUUAUGAUUAAGACAGUGGAGAUUAAUGGUGAAAAAGUAAAGCUACAGAUCUGGGACACAGCAGGUCAAGAGAGAUUUCGGUCCAUUACCCAGAGUUAUUACAGAAGCGCCAAUGCCUUGAUCCUCACCUAUGACAUUACCUGUGAGGAAUCCUUCCGUUGCCUUCCUGAGUGGUUGCGGGAGAUAGAACAAUAUGCCAGCAACAAAGUCAUCACUGUGCUAGUGGGCAACAAGAUUGAUUUGGCUGAAAGGAGAGAGGUAUCCCAGCAGAGAGCUGAAGAAUUCUCAGAAGCUCAGGACAUGUAUUAUCUGGAGACCUCAGCCAAGGAAUCUGAUAAUGUAGAGAAACUCUUCCUUGAUUUAGCAUGCCGACUUAUCAGUGAAGCCAGACAGAACACACUUGUGAACAAUGUAUCCUCACCAUUACCUGGGGAAGGGAAAAGCAUCAGCUAUUUGACUUGUUGUAAUUUCAACUAAAGGCUAAGGCAAGGAGAAGCAAAAGGGAUCAGCAGUUGCCCUGAUGGGCCACAAGUUUCCGGGGAGAUCUGGAGGUGACUGUGGCUCCCACUCUUGGACCUUGUGACUCCUGUGGGAUCCUGAGCUUGCAAAGCAUGGCAGGCCAAGGGCCUUAACCAUAGGCCAGCAUCAUCAGAACACAUCAUGGUUUCACCUUUUUGCAGUCUGGAGUUGGAGCAAGAAGAAAAUUGCAGUAGGCACUCCAUGAUCUGCAGAGCAUGUUGCUUUUCUUUUUUUUAAAAGCAAGUAAAAAUGCAUUCCUGAACACAGCCCAGGGGGAAACGGACUGUAGGAAUCCCUCAUGCACGUCAUUGGGUGCAUGUGGGGGCUGUUCUUUAGGGCUUCAGGGCUUCAGUGGUAAUCUUCUGGGGGUCCUGGUUUUCUUUGCAACCAGAUAAACCAAAACUGGGAAAGCCAAGUACUGUCUCUGUGGUGUCUCUGUGUGAUGACCCUGUGGGGAUUUUGAAAAGUGUUAUAUCUCUUGUCCACAGGCACUUUCAAGAACUUUGGGAAGUAAAAAUGAAAUGAAACCUUUACCCAUGACCAACAGUAACAAUCAUUGUUUUAAUAAUACAUUCAAGCUCCAUGACUCCUUUUGGUGCUAAUGAUUCUGCUGUUUCCUAGACCAAACAUUUUAGUACAUUGAUGUCCUUAAAUGUAUUAUACAGAAAUAAAAAAUGGGGGAAGUCCAUGAAUCAG